AUGGUCAGAGCAAUCUUCAGAAACCUCGUCAUCGCGGCUGCUGGUGAGUUUCCAAGCGACUGUCCCAGCGAGCAAGCGGCUAAGGAGUGGGCAAAGUUGCGCCAAGGCCGGUUCUCAUCCGACUUGGACGAUUCUGUGACCCAUCUCAUUUGCACGAACGAAGAGUUCAAGAACAAGCGAAAGAACCAUCGAAUCAAGAAUGCAGAAAAAGACAAGAGAAAGAUCCACAUCAUCAACUGGGACUGGUAUAGGUUCUCUUGCACCCACAACAAGAAGCUUCGUGAGAGAGACUUUGAUUUCUCCUCCACGAGAGCCAAGGAGAAGGAAAGGUUCAGAAAGAAGCGAGAAUUGGAGCAGAGGGCCCGCAACUCCAUGAAGGGAGAGAAAUGGAUCAAUCCAGAUCUUUACCAUGUCUGCACUGACAAGAGUUUCUUCGAGUACAAGAUUGAACUCUUCAGAACUUCGGAGGACGAGGACGGGGCUCAUCACGAGAAGUACCAACUCUACCUGUUCGAAUCCCACGCCAAGCCGCACCUCUACUGGUUUGGUGUCAAGUUUCUCAAAAAAAGGGACAAUGGCAGGUGGUGGCCACAUGCCUCCGAGCGCACCAGCCCGACACCGGGAAACCUCCAGCAACAGUUCCAGCAGUUCCUGAAAUUCUUUGAGCUCAAAACCAGUAUCCGCUGGUGGGACAGAAUCAUCAAGGCUGGAACGCGUGAGAAAAUCUUCUUCAACUACUCGCCGCCGACUCGAGGCAAGCCUGUCGGAGGCAGUAUGAAGGGAGACAUGUACGAUAAGUGUCUCAAGAGCAACAAAGGCUGGUUCCAUCGCUGGGCAGAUCUGUUUGGGGAUGACCUGCCAGCCGAUCUCCAAAUUGAGGAUGCGGCUAAGAAGAUACUGGACGAUAUUAUCGACGAAUCGUGCGCAUUUCUAGAGGCAUCUUCACUUCUUGGUGAUGAGGAGUCCGUCCAAGCAUCACAAGAAACCUACGAAGGCAACAUCCCGGGUGCUUCUGCUGAUGGCAAAGUUUGGGAUGAACCCCACGAAAAUAGCGUCAUGGACAGCGACUCUAAAGUGCACGAAAAUAAAGGCACCUUGUAA